UUAGAACUUAUUUUCCUGUUCUGUUCAUUUUGCAGGACAAUCCCAUUUGCCUGGAAUCUCAUUACUUCUGGUUAUGUUGAACAAUCUAUAUAUGGGGUAGUGAUCAUCACAUUGGGUCUCCUGUUUAUUGGAAAGCUGCUUGAACCAAUAUGGGGCUCCAGGGAAUUCUUUAAAUUCAUCUUUGUGGUUAAUCUUCUAACUUCAAUAUGUGUAUUCAUCACUGCCAUUGCCUUAUACUACAUUACUAGGCUGGAGACUUACCUUUACAUGCCGCUCUCUGGAUUUCAUGGAGUUAUAUCUGGUUUCUUGGUUGGCAUCAAGCAAAUUAUACCGGAUCAAGAGCUUCCUUUCAUCAAGAUAAAAACAAAGUGGUUGCCAUCUAUCACUUUAUUGCUUUACAUUGCUAUUAGCUUCUGGACACUAGAGGCUACAACAUAUCUUCCUACGAUUAUAUCUGGCACAUAUAUAAGCUGGAUUUACCUUAGAUACUGGCAGAGGAAACCAGAAGCAAAACUUAGAGGUGACCCAAGUGAGGAUUUUGCUUUCUCCACAUUUUUCCCCGAAUUUUUAAGACCAGUUAUAGAUCCUAUUGCAUCAAUUUUUCACCGAAUGCUCUGCGGAAGAUCUAAUACUUCUAAUAAUGGGCAAGUCUACAAUCUGGAAAGUGAGCCUUUACCAGGUUCAGAUUCAAUCGAGGCUUCUAGGAGAAGAGAAAGAGGUGCUCGAGCACUGGAAGAACGAUUGGCUGCUGAGAGGUUGGCUGCUGCACGACGUGAAUUACAAAGAGAAGCUGAGGAAAAUGUAUAAUUCAGCAACAUCAGUUAUUGAUAUUUCCAGAGGUCGUACAGUAAUUAAUUAGAGAAUUUUUGUUUAGGUCAAGGAAGAUUUAAUGGGCAUUUUUCCUUGGAUAAUCUUUACAAAACCAAAGGUUUCUCUUUUGUCAGAUAAAUAUAAUUUACUUUCU